CAAUCUGCGCAUGCGCAUCCCAGCCAAUCACAGGCGUCACACCGCAGCAAUUGCGGAUCCGACAAAUCGGCAAUUCGGCAGCUGUACCAGACUUGGGGGACAAGAUAGAGGAAUGGACACAAGGUACCGAGAGGGACCGGAGGGCCGAGCCUCGUGAUGCCUCAGCAACCAGCAUGUCUUGCAGAGACAUCCUGCCUGUCUCCCCAUCCGUAGCCCCCUAAUCCGGUUUGCCUGCAGUCCUCCUCCCUCAGAGGGGACCACAAUGACACCCUGGUGAGUGAAUGCACACAUUGGACGUUAGUUCACAUGAUGCACAUCGAGAACCGGGCCAGGAAGACGCUCCAGAACUGUUCCCGUCUCACGGUGCUGUGGACCCAUCGUUUCCGCCAUCACCCCCCUCCUCCUCCUCUCCUUCGUCCUCCUCCUCCUCUUCCUGCUGGUGUCAGUGUAUGAUGGAGAGCUCCAAUGGCUCUGACACCAGACCCAACCAACACCAGCCGGAGAGGAAGAGACCGAAUCGGGUUCCCUCUCCGGCCAGACCUUUCCUGAAGGAUGUCCACGCCCGCUCCGCCAAGCCGCCAGCUAUCGCACCCAAAUCCCCCAAACUCGGUAAACAGCAGCAGCAGGCUCCGAACCGCGGCUCCAGACACAACAUCACCCCGGUCAAAGAGAAGCCUGUCGCGGCAAGGAGCAGAACAAAAGCCGGGUUGGCCAAAAAGCUCCCCCGGAUCCCCCAGCAUGCAGCAGCAGAACCCAAAGCCAGCAGUCCCAUCCUCGCUAAAGCCAAGAAGGGGAAGCUCGUCCCCAUCAGACAUGACUCCCCUAUUCGGGUACCAACCGGACCCCUGGUUAGCCAGACCGACAGCAGCUCGGACCUUUCUGACUGCCCCUCUGAGCUGGCGCCGGCAGCCAGCAGCGAUGCGGAGUCCGGGACCGGCUCCAGCGACCGGGAUCAUCUGGGAGCAGACCGGCCGGUGCGGACAGAACCAGUGUCUGCUGCAGCUCCGGUGCACUCAAUCGAGCUUAAUCCUGUACCCAAAGGGUCAGCAUGUCCUAUCCAGUCCGGUCCCGGGACCCUUGUGGAGAGACCCAAAACCACAACAAGUGCACAGGGAGGAGGCAAGGACGGAACCGAAGAAGACCUGCUGAGGGAGAUUGAGGACUUGAGAUCUGAAAAUGAUUAUUUAAAGGAUGAGGUGGAGGAGCUGCAUGCUGAGAUGGAGGAGCUGCGUGACACCUACAUGGACGAGGAGGUCUACCAGCUGCAGGAGCUGCGACGCGAGCUGGGCCGCUCCAACAAGAACGGUCGCAUCCUCCAGUACCGAUUGAGGAAGGCCGAGCAGAAGAGCCUGCGGGUCGCCCAGACGGGCCACGUGGACGGAGAGCUCCUGCGCAGUCUGGAGCAGGACCUCAAGGUGGCCAAAGAUGUGUCUGUGCGUCUCCACAACGAGCUCGAGAGCGUGGAGGACAAACGCAGCCGCGCCGAGGACGAGAACGAGCAGCUCCGCCAAAAGAUCAUCGAGGUGGAGAUCUCCAAGCAGGCGCUGCACAACGAGCUGGAGCGAGCCAAAGAGACUGCACUGAGGCGACGAGGGAGCUCAUUUAAGGACAAGAAAUCCACCAGUCAGGAAGACAGUGCUGAUCUCAAGUGUCAGCUCCAGUUCUCCAAAGAAGAGUCCACCCUGAUGCGUAAAAAGAUGGCCAAGCUGGGCCGGGAGAAGGACGAGCUGGAACAGGAGCUGCAAAAGUACAAGUCGGUCUACGGUGAUGUGGACAGUCCACUCCCACUGGCAGAGUGCUCGGGCGGUGGCCCUCAUUCAACCCGGGAGGCGGAACUGCGACUGCGCCUCAAACUGGUGGAGGAAGAAGCCAACAUCCUGGGGAGGAAGAUUGUGGAGUUGGAGGUAGAGAACCGAAGCCUGCGGGCCGAGAAUGAGGACAUCCGCUGCCAGUAUGAGCGGGACUGCUUUGGCCGAGAGCCCUUCUCCAGCAUGCCCUCGUCGCCUUACAGCGGCGAGGUGCUGGAGUCAGCCGGCGAGCUCCGACGCCACCUCCAGUUUGUGGAGGAGGAAGCUGACCUGCUGCGUCGCUCCAUCUCGGAGAUUGAGGACCACAACCGGCAGCUUACCUCUGAGCUCAACCGCUUCAAGUUUGGGCCGAGUAGCGGAUUGCAUGGCGUAGAUGGCAGCGAUGGAGGACUCUUUAAGUCAGGCAAUGGCUCCAAUGGAGGGAUGAUGAUGGAGGAGCUGAAAUCCGCCAGGAUGCAGGUCAACGAGCUGAGCGGAAAGGUGAUGAAGCUGCAAUACGAGAACCGGGUCCUCCUGUCCAACGUCCAGCGCUGUGACCUGGCAGCACACCUAGGCCUAAGAACCGGCAGCCCUCGAGACAACGACAUUGACAGUGAUGCAGGUCGACAAGAAGCCACCGAAGAUGAGGAGGCGGGACGACUCCUUCUCCUCCAGCCCAAGAGAGAAGGCCCCGUAGGAGGGGAGAGUGACUCUGAAGACCUCUUUGAGAAAACCACCACCACCUCAGGGUUCGGAAGCGUCCGACCUUCUGAUGGCAUCGAGCUCAGUGCUGCAGAACUCGCCAACCGCCGCAGGGAGGAGCGUGAGUCCUUUGCCAACGUGAAGCGAGAAGCCGACAGACUUGGGAAGUCUGUGGACCGCCUGAUCACUGACACGGACAGUCUGAUCCUGGAUGGGAGGCUAGUGGUGACGAAAGGGGAAAGUCUGCAGGGAGGAGCUGGGGACCCCCAAAUUCUGGACACCAUCAACACCCGAAUGAAGGCUUUUCGCACGGAGCUGCACAUCUUUGUGGAGAAGCUGGAACAUGUCGGGGAAGGACUUCGGGAAAGGACAGAUGACCUGUCCCCAAUGCCGAACCUCACCGAGUCCAGCAGCUUCUUGUCCACCGUCACAUCUAUGUCUCGAGAUUCUCCCAUCGGCACCUUCGGGAGAGACCUGGUGACGGACUUCCCGUCCGGUCAGAGGGAUGAGCUGGAGUGGCGCGUAGGACAGGAGCGAGGCAUGGAGCCCCACAGCCAGGGUGGGGGCCCGACCCAGAGCAGGGGAGCUGCGGGACUCACUUGGUACCACAGACCCCUGGUUUUAAGAACAGAGCUGAGGGACCCACCCGCUGCCGACAGUCACCUCCGUGUGGAUCACGAGCGAAGGAUGAGAGUUGCAAGGGAUGAACGGGAAGCUGUCGCCUCGCUGUCUCAGGAGGAUGGGCGCCUGUGUGCCGAGGCCCAGCAUCCAGGCCUGGAACUGCCAGGCCUUCAGAGCCCAGAGUCUUCCUGGGCUCUGGAGAGGACAGCGCUGCAACAAGAGGUCCGCCUCUUCAGACGCAAUACCACCAUCUUCUACAUAAAGCUCAGGUCCAUCCUGGCACAAUGGAGGCUUGGACACAAAGACAAGGCGCUGGACGAGGAUGCACAGCCUGAGUGGGAGGACGCACCGGACCUUGGAGGGGAGACGCAGCAUGGAGAGGGCGACGGGUCCGACCCAGGGCCCAUGUCACCUGAUGCAUAUCUGGAGUGCCAACAACAGUUUGGUGAUAACCGGCGAAUGCUUCAGGCGCUGCGCAUCCUCCUGGAGCAGUUUCGGGAGGAGUUGCGCGAGGAGGACGCACGGCGCUGCCAACUGCAGCGGGCCUAUGCCAACGACAAAGCCGCCUGGGAGGUCAAAUGGGCCGAGAUAAAGUGUCAGCUCGCUCAGGCGCAGGAGGAGAUCUGUGGCAAAGUGAGAGGCCAAGCUCCGGGAGGCGAAGGAGAACUUUCCCGAGACCCAGAGUGGGCCCUGAAGCAGGAGCGUGAGGAGCACCGGCGCCUUCUGGCCGAGAGCCACAACACCUUGCUGGACCUCCGCCGUAGGCUGCAGCAUGGCGAGAAGAGGUGGAGCCGCGAGAGGUCUGAGCUCCUGGAGCACUUUGACCACCAGAGGCAGGAGUGGGACAGCGGCACCCAGGAGCUUCACUGGAAAAUGGAGAGGCUGCAAAGGGAGCUGAACAGCCGGCGAGGCGAGGGCCACAGAGGACAGGACACCUCCUGCAGUGGCCCCGGUUCACAGCCCUCACCAUGUUCCCCCUGUGCGUCCCCCCCUGUUCUGAUCCCGCCUGCUCGUUCCCUCUCCGACUCUGACACCAUGCUGGAGGAGCAAGAAGGGGCUACCAUGAGGCUGAGAAGCCCAACCGAGAGCCCCUUCCUAGACGCUCUGUCUCUGAAUCCCCUUGGCAGCCAGGAGGUCCCCCCACCCUCUAGACUGGAGAGCGAGAAGAGGUUUCCCUGCAUGAAGGAGGCCCUGAAUGUGCUUUCAGAGAGAGAAGGACCUCCUGAGUCGUACCCUGUUGAGGAAAUGGGCGUUGGCAGUUUGCUCAGAGUCAAGUCAGUGUCCUCCAUGAGCGACUUCCAGCGUCUGAUGGACAGCUCACCGUUCCUCCCUGACAAGACCCAUUACAGUGAGCGAGGCCAAGAUGACAUCACCCCACCCCUCUCUCCAGAUGACCUCAAGUACAUCGAGGAGUUCAACAACAAGGGCUGGGACUUCCCGACGUCAACUGCCGUCCCGGGUCCUGCUCCAGAGGCAUGGGGUAGCAAAACCUCAGAGACGCGAGCAGUGGAGCCAGCCAUGGAUUCCCUCCAACUGGCCUCCUGGUUCCUCACCAGCAGCCCCAGCCUGACUACCACCAGCACCCUGACCAACCCUGAUUCUUGCCACAAGUCCACAGCGAGGUGCACCGGAGCUGGAGUGGGGGCGGACAAUUAUGGGGUCCACAUCCUCCACAGCCCCACCAGACCUGGACCAGCUGAGCACUCCAUGCGGGAGUCUGACCUCCUCUAUGCAAAAGGAAGCAAAGGCAGAAGUGGGGGUGAGGCGCCCAGUGGGCCAGAUGAGGUAUUCAUCGGUGGGCGGUGGCCAUGUGGCCUUCUGGAGCCAGGGGGCUUGAGGACUUCUCCAAGCCAGUCUCCUAUCUGCUCCACAGUGGGCUACGCCUCCUCACUGGAGCUGCAGCUGUCUCGGAAUAUGAGUGAUGACAUGAAGGAGGUGGCCAUUUCUGUGAGAAAUGCUAUCCGCUCUCCGCCGGGGCCCAUGGUUUGCGAGACAGCCUGUCAGACCAACGGGUUUGCCACACGAGGCACUCAGACCACGCAGACCAUCAGUGUGGGUCUGCAGACUGACCUCCUAAGGAACCUGACUAGCAGCCCCCACCGCUGCCUCACCCCAAAAGGGGGUGCCACACCCAUCUCAUCGCCAUCACGGAACACAAGGAAGAUCCAGUACUCGCCUGUCAUCCAGAGUAAGUUUGAGCGGCCCUGCUGCUCGCCAAAGUAUGGCUCACCCAAACUUCAACGCAAGUUGUCCACAUCCAACAAGGCGGACCUACCCACCACCAGCCGCACUGCCAUUCCCAUCCCCCCCCAGAAGGGCAACAGCGAAUCAGCCUGGGCCCGAUCCACGACCACACGGGACAGCCCGGUCCACACCACCAUCAACGACGGCCUCUCCAGCUUGUUCAACAUCAUCGACUACACCCCUGUGGUCUACGACGCCAUGCAGAAGUUCAACAAGUCACCCAGCCGCUCCCGUCCCACGCCACCUCCCACCACAGAGCCCAGUCCCGCCCAUGGGGCUCUCGCCACCGACCCCAGGAAUGAAUGCACACGGACCGCCAGAGGGCGCUCACCCAGCCCCGUGCAGCUGAUAGUGGAGACACAAGGUGACCGGAACCCGGAGGUGGUGAGCAUUCGCCAGGACCUGUCGGCUCCCCCGGGGUACACGCUGGCCGAGAACGUAGCACGCAUCCUCAACAAGAAGCUGCAGGAGCAGAGCUUCCAAGAAGAGAGGCGGGUGCAGGCCGGAGGGAUAGGAAACAAGAUGAAUGAUGCGGAUAGGGCACAGCCCGGAUGCAUGGAGGAUCUGCCUCUCUUUCCGGUGGCUCCGCCCCUGGACUCCUGCUUCCUGAGGCCAGCCCGCCCAGCCAACCGCCGACCCCCCUCUCGCUGGGCCAACGUCUCACCCCCCUCCUCUUCCACCUCCAGGAGGAGUUUCACCUUCCCACCACCGAGAUGCCGCACAAGCAUCUUAGAAGGCGAAGAGCUGGCGUGACGAUCCUCUACCUCUGAUGCCAGCACAACCCACCAAGCCAUCCCCCCCAAACAAGACCCUGAAUCUCAGGGGUCACCUGAGAAACACCAGCUGACGCUUUGGGGAAUAACCAGAACUUCUUGGUAGAAGAACCUGGAAUGUACUGUAGUCAUCAUCAUCAUCAUCAUCAUCAUCAUGAAGAACAGAAGUACAUGUCUCACAUUUCCAUGAAAGGUGCCUCAUCCAUCCAUGUCCAUCAUGUCUACCAUAUGUUCAUCAUGGUAUGUUCAUGUACAUCAUGUCUACAGUAUGGCCAUCAUGAUAUGUCCAUGUCCAUCAUGUCUAUGGUAUGUGCAUCAUGUCUACACUAUGUUUAUGUCCAUCAUGUCUAUGGUAUGUCCAUCAUGUCUAUGGUAUGUGCAUCAUGUCUACACUAUGUUUAUGUCCAUCAUGUUUAUGGUAUGUCCAUCAUGUCUACAGUAUGUCCUUCAUGGUGUGUCCAUGUCCAUGUUUACGGUAUGUCCAUCAUGUAAAUUGUAUGUCCAUCAUGGUAUGUCCAUGUGCAUCAUGUCCACGGUAUGUCCAUCAUGUCAAUUGUAUGUCCAUCAUGGUAUGUCCAUGUGCAUCAUGUCCACGGUAUGUCCAUCAUGUCAAUUGUAUGUCCAUCAUGGUAUGUCCAUGUGCAUCAUGUCUACGGUAUGUCCAUCAUGUCUACUGAAUGUCCAUCAUGGUAUGUCCAUGUCCGUCAUGUCAACGGUAUGUCCAUCAUGUCUAAAGUAUGUCCAUGUCCGCGUUUGUGUGUGACAUUUUUUUAAAUCAAAAACAUCCAUUUUUUUUACUUGAAUGUUACAUCAUGUCAUCUUGUCUCCCAAAUGAAAGAAAACUUCUGCUAUUUGGUCCGGAGCAGAGACAAUUGAUGUCAUUUUUUUCUUGUCCCCAGAUGUUAACGUUUGUGUGUUUUCUGUGUUGCGUAGAAUGUCGGGGUCGGUAAACAAACAGAGGUGAAGAGAAUGUUGUGCAUCUUUGAAGGCAGUUGUCCAACUAUCUGUCUAAUAUCUGCAUGCCUUGGGGGACACUAGCACUUUAGUGCACGUACAAAUGAGCGCUAGUCACUGUUAUUAUGUUAUAAAAACAGUUUUUUUGUGUGUUUUUAUAGUCGACUGCACCUAUCAGGAUGUCUUUGUACACUCCACUUCUGUUGGAUGUGAUUUUUUUUUUUGUUUCAACAAAGAAAACAUAAAAAAAGAAUGUUUUAGAUGAGAAUCUACAGUAUGUCCAAACAAUCUAUAGUGUGAUGUAAACACUCAGUGGUAAUUAAACAUGAAUGUGUAUUUACACUACAGUAUCACCUCUUAUGGUAAGCACUGAUGUAUGUGUUGAAGGGAGUGUGUAUAACAUCUUAGGAUUUAAUAGAGCGGGGGCCGUGCAGACACACAAUGUGAGUAAGAAGAUUGUGUCCUGCUGUGGGAAGUCAAAUCCCCUUGCAUCAUUUGUGUAUCACCCCAAAUGUCACGCAACAGCAAUACAGCUCGUGGUUUAGGAUUGGUUAGGGUUAGGAUUUACUGUGUAUUAUUUGUGGUAGGGUUUGUUAUUACAAUGUGGGUAGGGCUUAGGGCUGCCAACCUUACCCUGAAGAAGGAAAUCGUCCCCUGUUUAGACACAAAAUUAUGCAUCCCGUAUUGUGCUGACAAGGGACACAUUUUGUCCCUAAUUACCGUGAGAAUCAAAACUUAGGGGCUGUCCACACUGACGUUUUCGGGUCAAAAUGGCAAAGUAUUUUAUCGUUUCAGCCUCCUAUCCACCGCCUCCUCGUCACCGUCACGUGACCAGAAGUGAGCUUUGACAACAAACCAACAUAUCUGAAUAUUUCGACGGACACGACGCACCUCAGUCAAAAUUCUCCAGAUAUUUUGUUGUCUCAUACUCCAUAAUGACUCGCAGACGUAAUUCCACUUCUCGUAAGUCCUGAUGUGCCUAGAAAAGCGUUCUUUCUUCUUCUAUGGUUGGUAGUGUCACAUGGUUCCGUCUGCGUGCCUGUUCACAGCGCCAAGCGUAGGUGUUCCUUGUAUAUUACAUCGUUUUCAGUCAGCGAUGCGUUCUAAUCUGAAUGCAACUCUAUACCAAUUCGGCACAGUGUGGAUGCAACUUUUUUUCAACACGCCCAAAAGAAAAGAACAUUCCCGUGUGGACAGGGCCUUCGUCUGUAAAAUGUGGUGUCAAUUUACAACAGCCUGUCACAGGCUAAACCAAUCGACGCUCAUCUUUCAAUCUCAUUGCCGUUUGACUUUUCUGACAUCAUUGUUUACACCAGGGGUUCUCAAAUGGUCUCAACCUGGCAUCCACAUUUUCCAAAAGUGAUAGUUGUGACCCACUUUUACUGAGGUCAAUUUUAAUUUGUACCAGGACUAAGACAGGACUUGUGUGGUGCGACCUAUAGCUCGCCAAAAAGAUAUACGAACAGUUGGUGACGCGGAGAGAGUUGAAGUGCGGUUGCAACCAAACUGUGCCGUGAGUGUAACAAUGGGUUGCACUUCAGAUGGUGGUAGUGAUGAAUGGGCAGUGACAAUGAGUAACAAUGAGCAACGAUAAAGGAAAUUUUUACCCAGUUCAUAUGACCAAAGCAAAAGGAAAAAAAGGAAAUAGGGAAAGUCAAAUAUGCCAAAAUGCUAAAUAAUACAAGGGUACCUAUAUCAGCAGUAAAUAAAAAAAAAACAGCAAGAAAACAUUCAGAAGUUGAUGUAUCUUAAUGGUGGAGAGAUUAGAGUACAUGUACCAGGAAUGACAGCAGCAAUAAUAGGAGUUAUCUCAAAUGUACCGCUGGAAAUGUCAAUGGAUGAAGUGAGGGGGGAAAUUAGAGGUGGCUAAGUAAGUUACGUUACGUAAGCUAAGUAAGUUAAUAAGUUCUGCACGGUGGCCUAGUGUUUAGCAUGUUGGCCACACAGUCAGGAGAUCCGGAAGAUCUGGGUUCGAAUCUCCGUUGGGCAUCUCUGUGUGGGUUUUGCAUGUUCUCCCCGUGCGUGGGUUUUCUCCAGGUACUCCGGUUUCCUCCAUGCUACAUUAAUUGGCGCCUCUAUAUUGAAGUCAGCUGGGAUAGGCUGAGGAUAAGCGGCAUAGAAGAUAGAUAGAUAGAGUUAUGUAAAGGGUGUAUGAAUUACAGGGUGAGGGAGUAUAUUGCACAACCACUAAGAUGCUUUAAAUUCCAGAGAAUGGGACACACAGCAGAACAAUGUAAAUGAAGGCAAAAGUGUGCAAAAUGUGGCGGAGAACAUGAUUAUGGGACGUGUGCUAGCAAUGCUAAGCAAAAAUGUUGCAACUGUGGAGGUGAACAUAGUGCUGCAUAUGCUGGAUGUGUAGUCCAAAGACAUGCCAAAGAUAUGGAGGUGCAGAGAUAUAAAAUACAGAGCAAGGUUUCAUAUGCUGAGGCAGUGAAGCACAUAGAAGUGUGUGAAGUUAAAAUAAACAAUUAUAGACUCAGGAAACCCCUAUUGAACAUAUAGGACAUGCAGUAGGACUUCCUCAGAGAUCAGGCAAGAUCUCAAUUAGUUUGGUCUGCCCUCCCCCCCCACAGAAAUGUAACCGUAAGUGUGCAAUAGAAGAAGAUACCUUGGUCGUUAAGAAAAGGAACUUUGUAGUCUUCAUAUAUAAAGUUGUCAAUGUGGCCAUAAGGCAAGAAAGGAAAAGUGACAGGAUGAAGACCGUUGUGGAUGCUGCAAAACAGGUCUUAAACAUCAAGGACCUGAAAGCCGAAGAAAUACACAGCAUGUUGGCUAUAUACAGUAUAAUGAUGCAGGCUCUCAGUGCUUUAAUUAAUUUUUCUUAAAUUUGCCAAAUAGAGGCUGCAGCCUGCAGCAAGUCUGUCUAGGGAGGGGCGAUUGCUGUGUGUGACUGGCCAAUCACAGAGCGUGAAGAGUGAAUACAUAAGUAGUUAACCAAUGAGGAUUUGCCUUCAUCAGAAUUAUGGAUAAUGAUGAGCUGUACUCGUUUCAUGCUCAUACUCGACAAAAAUACAUUAGCCGUAACGGAUACUUGUCUAAGUCGAGUAAAAGUCGGGUAAAAUGGUGGUCCCAUGAUGGAAUGAUAAAUGCACAAUAGCUACAAAAGAGCGGAAUAGUGUUCUAAGAAGGCUCAGGAAUAACCUGAAUCAAGAGAAGCUUAUAAAGUAAACAUGUUUUGGCUCAAAGACUAAUUAAGAAUAGUAAACAAAAUGCAUGGAGGGAUUACUGCUCUGCUUUGGAAGGGAAUGUCAAUGGAUGAAAUGUCUGAAUGGCUCCAUUAUUAUUUUAUUCAUUAUAUUAACUUUUUAUCAGUUACUUUACUGUGAAUUUCGCACAGGGCUAUUUUUAACCAUUAUAUAAAUAUCAAACCAUUGAACUUGAACAUAAAUGUUUUGAAGUCUCUUUACAAAAGAUUACACGUUCACAACGUUUUAUUUCUGAAAACCUCAUGAAAAAACAAUUACGGUACACAUAUCCUGUUUGUGUUGAAGAGUGUCUUAUGAUGCAGAAUAGACAAAGCGUAACUUCACCAUGUUACUGAGUUUCUACUACCCUGCGUGCAGAAUAUCAAACAAGAGCAACUUGUAAAAUCCAGGUACAGAACAAAAUCAGAAACAGUUUUUGUUGAGGAAAAUGAUCAUAUCUUCCUUUUCAGACAGUAUGCGUGGACGGACAGAUGGUGUCU